AAAAGAAUAAGAGGAACAAUGGAGUUCGGUCGGUGAAUGAGGGUUUUAGAGCUGGAGAGGUUUUCCUCUGUAGAAAUGGGUAGGAUUUUCGUCGUCGAGUUGGAUGGAAAGCUUUAUAGAUGCCGGGUUUGUGGCACUCAUCUCGCUUUAGCUGAGGAUCUCAUCUCCAAGGCUUUUCAUUGUCACCCUGGGAAGGCAUUUCUUUUCAGUAAUGUAUCAAAUGUCUCAUUUGGAGAUCAGGAGGAGAGGGUGAUGCUUUCAGGAAUGCAUACAAUAGUGGACAUAUUCUGCUGCUCCUGUGGCCAAAAUGUUGGUUGGAAAUAUGAGUCUGCGCGCGAGAAAACUCAAAAGUAUGAGGGUAAAUUUGUUUUGGAAAGGGGAAAGAUUGAUGAUGGACCUGAUUCACAUUACUACAUUGACACUGCCCACCCUGUUGACCACAAUGAAAACAUGUACAUAGAUGAUAAUAACUAGCAUCCAUAUAAAUCUCAUUGUAUGUAAAUGCAGUAAUUGCCAUACAGACUAUGAGUAGCAGACAGUGUUACUGUUGUUGUAUUGUCCCAGCCCAGUAAUGAAUGGUAUGUAAAUGUUUUUGUAUCUGUUGUUAAUGGAU